AUGUCUGCCGUGACUUCUUUUUGGCAGGUUUUCUACACAAAGAUGGAGGCCGCAGCACUCGAGACGACUAUAGCAGAUUGUUUGGUUCUUGUCAUAGUUGCCACUGCCUCAGCCUACCUUUACAACCCAGGGAAGUUGAUACGGCAAGCAGAUCCGACGAUUGCGAAACUUUUUGAACGCCCGCAGUUAGGGCUGGCAGGAGUCAGACGGGUGAAUGACAGCCGUAAUAUUGCCGAGAAGAUGGAAGAAACGGAGGCGGAUGUUGUUGUCUUUUGGGGUUCACAAUCUGGUCUCGCCGAGAGUCUCGCGCAUCGCCUCGGUCGAGAAAUGAUACGUCGCUUCAAGUUGAGGCCACUGGUGGCUGAUCUUUCCGAUUAUGAACCACAGACCAUUGCUCUUAUCCCCGAGGGCAAGCUUGCACUCUUUGUCAUGUCGACAUAUGGUGAGGGUGACCCGAGUGACAACGCUCAAGAGUUCGUCACUUGGGUCAAAUCUAGAGAUGUUGGGGCAUCUGCUUUAAAGCACAUUCGCUAUGGUGCAUUCGGCUGCGGCAAUCGAAACUAUCGCUUUUAUAACAAAGUGAUUCGAGACGUCGAGAAUUGCCUGGAUAAAGCAGGCGCUGUGCCGAUCCUCCCUACGGGCCAUGGGAACGAAGCUGAAGGGACGACGGAAGAGGUUUUCGUUGAAUGGAAACACAUGUUGUUCUCUGCCUGCAAGACAAAGCUUGGCUUUACUGAUCAUGAUGCCGGAUACAUUCCUUCAGUAAAGGUUGUCCAAGACUUGACGGCAGCCAUGGACGACGCAGAACUCUACCGGCCACUUGCCGCUAUCACUGCAUCUCCCAUGAUCUCUAGAAAGGCCCCGAUCUUUUGUGCGCCCAUUAAGAUGCGUCAUACCAUUGCCUCGUACAGCGAUAAGAGUCGCACCUGCGCCCAUCUAGUUGCCGGUAUCGCGUCCCAACGGAGGGUCAAGUAUAGAACUGGCGACCACCUUCUGAUAUGGCCCAUCAACCCUGCAGAGGAGGUGGAAACUCUGCUGCACAUGGUCGGAUUAGACGAGACGAAAGACGCAAUAUUGCGGAUUGCGCCCCUAGAUGAGCACAUGGCGCUUAAGGUGCCAAGUCUGACAACUGCUCACGCUCUCUUCUCUCGGCACCUCGAAAUUUGCGCUCCAGUCUCGCGAGAGACAAUUGCUACACUUGCCGCGUUUGCUCCUACCGCCGAGACACAAUCCGAGUUAAUUGCCCUGUCAAGAGACAGGGACUCCUACUCGGAGUUCCUCGCCAACAACCAUGUGACUCUACUACGCUUGUUGCAAUACACGCAGAAAAGUGAAGGCAUGACCUUGUGGAGAAAUCUACCACUAUCAUUCAUGAUUGAUUUCCUGCCGGCCAUGAAACCCAGAAGCUACUCAAUCUCCAGUUCUCCAGUCCAAUCGCCUCGCGAGAUCAGUCUGUCGGUGUCGGUCAAGCCCACGCCUCUUGUUGGUAAGCCCGACGUGCUAAUUCCCGGGCUGACGAGCUCAUUCCUCUCUGGGGGCAUAUCUAGAGAUGAAGACAUGUCCAGACUUUCCAGCAUUUACAUGCAAGUCAAGACAUCAUCCUUCAAGCUACCCAUCAAGCCGGCGGUGCCCAUCAUCAUGGUUGCGGCUGGCACGGGAAUUGCUCCCUUCCGAGCUUUCCUUCAAGACCGCGCCCACGUUGCAACCGUUGGCCACGAGGUGGGCCCCAUGAUUCUAUUCUUUGGCUGUCAGUCUGAGGACGACUAUUUGUAUAAGGAUGAGCUAGACUCGCUUAAGCAUGGUCCUCUAGUAGACAGGCUGGAGGUUGUACCGGCGUUUUCACGAUCCCCCGACCAUGAGAAAAUGUAUGUCAAUCACCAGGUUGAGGCAAAGGCUGAGCAGGUUGGGCAAUGGCUUGUCGCACAAGGUGCUGCGAUCUACAUUUGCGGUGCGGCAACCAUGGCUACGUUGGUUCGUGAGGUGGUCUUGGAGGCGGUCAAGGCUGAGACUGGUUGGUCUAUGGACGAGACGGAGGCAUGGAGGUUGGAUUGUAAGAAGUCUCGGAAGUGGCAUGAGGAUGUUUGGAGCGAGACAUGUAAAUAG